AUGGGUGACGAAUAUCCGUCGUCUCUCCUAGUCCCCGACUCAUCCUUGAUCACAACCAUAGCUUUUGUAGCAGUACUUGUCUCAUUAAUCGUUACUGUUUUUAUCAUUAUUGGCGAAACAGGAAAACUUUAUUCAACAAGAUCAAAGCCUUUGAAUCUUCCUCCAGGCAGCUAUGGAUGGCCAAUUCUUGGUGAAACAUUGGAAUUUCUUGGAGCGGGCGUGGAUGGAAUACCAGAGAAAUAUGUUAAAGAGAGAAUGGAGAAGUACCAGUCUACUGAGGUGUUCAAGACUUCACUCAUGGGUGAGUCUGUAGCAGUUUUGUGCAGCCCUGCCGGGAAUAAGUUCCUGUUUAGUAAUGAGAAUAAACUGGUCACAAUUUGGUGGCCUAUCUCUGUCAGGAAGCUGCUUGGACCCUGUCUAGCCACUACUGGUGGUGAUGAAGGGAAGCAAAUGAGGAAGAUGCUAUCUUGUUUCAUCACUCCUGAUGCAUUUACACGGCUCUAUAUUAAAACUAUGGACGUCGUAGCCCAGCAACAUAUCAAUACUCACUGGUUAGGUAAAGAAGAGGUGAAGGUGUUCCCAAUCAUCAAACUAUAUACGUUUGAAGUCGCAUGUCGUCUCUUUAUGAGCCUUGAAGACCCUCAGCAAAUUGCCAAACUUGCUGUCCUGUUUAAUGUUUUCUUGAAGGGAAUAAUCUCAGUCCCUCUCAACGUCCCAGGUACAAGAUUCUUUAAUGCAAAGAGAGCGACUAUUGCUAUUAAGAAACAACUACAAAUGAUAGUCAGAAACAGGAGAGUAGCCUUGGAACAGGAAACUGCUUCAGCUUCACAGGACCUUUUAUCACAUUUGCUAGCCCAUCCUGAUGAAAAUGGCAAGUUUAUGCCUGAAUCAGUUAUCGUGAAUAAUAUAUUGAUGCUACUCUUUGCUGGUCACGACACUUCAAGUGUUGCCAUAACUAUGCUGAUGAAGUAUCUUGGACAACUUCCUCAAACUUACGAAAAGGUAUUCAGAGAGCAAGGUGAAAUUGCAUCAUCCAAAGAAGCAGGGGAAUUUCUACAUUGGGAGGAUAUACAGAAGAUGAGGUACUCGUGGAAUGUAGUGUCUGAAACUAUGAGACUAUCACCACCCGUCAUAGGUGCUUUUAGAGAAGCACUAGUCGAUUUUAAGUAUGCAGGUUAUGACAUUCCCAAGGGAUGGAAGUUAUACUGGAGUGCCUCUUUGGCGCAUACAGAUUCUAGCUUGUUUCAAGGGAACAUAAAUUUUGAUCCGUCAAGAUAUGAAAGGGCAGGACCUAUACCAUUUUCUUAUGUUCCAUUUGGAGGGGGACCUCGGAUGUGCUUGGGAAAAGAGUUUGCUCGACUGGAAAUACUUAUAUUUCUACACAACAUUGUUAAGAGAUUUCGAUGGGAUUUACUGAUUCCUGAUGAGAAAGUAGAAUAUGAUCCUUUGCCCACUCCAGUCAAGGGACUUCCAGUUCAUCUUCAUCCUCACAAGCCCUGA